AUGGGGAAUUGCAAUAUUACUGAUAGGAAGGACUUUCCAGAUUCAUCAAGUACUUAGAAUUUAAUAAAGAAGUUCUGUCGGUGCAUAACUUUGAAUUUAUUGAAGUCCUGGGGAAAGGAGGAUUUGGGAAGGUUUGGAAAGUGAAGAGGAGAAAAAACAAAAGUUAUUUUGCCCUGAAAGUGAUGUCGAAGGCAAAGUAAUGAAUAGUUGUUCUAACGUAAGGGUCAUUUCAAAAAAGAGUGUAUCUUCAGUCAUGAAUGAGAGAACCCUUUUGAGUUAACUCAGACAUCCAUCUCUGAUCAACAUGAUAGCCGCAUUUCAAGACAGAGAGAACCUCUACCUAGUUAUGGAUUUGUUGAGUGGAGGAGAUCUCCGUUAUCACAUAGGAAAGAAUAAGAAAUUCUCAGAGGAAGAAACUAGUAUAUAUGAUGCAAUAUAGUAAUUAGAGUUCUUUUGUGCUUGCAUCAUCAUAGCACUGGAAUAUCUCCACUCCCAAGGCAUAAUCCACAGGGAUUUGAAACCCGAGAACUUAGUCUUCGACUCCGAAGGCUACCUCAGAUUGACAGAUUUGGGGAUUGCCCGUAUUUGGCGACCUGACAAUUCCUCAGAUACAAGUGGAACUCCUGGGUACAUGGCACCAGAAGUGCUUUGCAGAUAGAAUCAUGGCAUUGCUGUUGAUUAUUUUGCAUUGGGAGUCAUAGUUUAUGAAUGCAUGUUGGGAAGAAGACCCUAUGUGGGCAAAUCGAGAUAGGAAAUAAGAGAUAAUGUAUUGGCGAAGUAAGUUCAGAUAAAGAGAAAUGAGAUUCCUGUUUCAUGGUCUUUGGAUGCUGCUGAUUUUGCCAAUCAAGUAAACUUAAUCUCAAUUUAUUAAGUUGAUCCAACGUAAACCAGCUCAAAGAUUGGGUUCUGACAAUCCAGAGGCUGUAAAGUACCACCCUUGGUUCAAAGGGUUCGAGUGGAAUAAGUUACUCAAUAAGGAGUUGAGUCCUCCUUACAUUCCUCGUUGUUCCAGCAAUUAAGGAGGAUCCACUCAGGAUACAGAACAGGACAUAAAUGAAAACAAUAUGAUGCUUAGAAGGAACUCUAUCUAAGGUAUUUGUUGUUAAUAACAGUCGAUAGCUCAAUUCGAUGGAUACAAUUAUGAUCCUAAUGAAGCCAUCAUGAUAGCAGAACCAUCUAAAUUCUGA